AUGGACGAAAUUACAAAAAUGUCUGGACCUGUUCCGACAAACUUUGAUGCGGACAAUGCAGAUAAUCUUGAGGAUAUCGAGAAGCAGUUUGCGGUCAAAGCGGUUCAACAUCUAGAGACAUACUGGGCUAUUUUGGAAAGAGUAAAAGGUUCUUCGUUGCGACUCACCAAGAUGGACGAUGAUAUAUAUGCCCACCUUAAAACCGAAUUUCCCGAAUUUGAUCCCGCGGCCACCAUUAAUGAGGAAGAGAUGAAGAGUAAGUCGGGUAAGGAGCGGUGGCGCAAGUUCAUGAUGGCCUACGAAAAGAAGGUCGAUGACUACAACUUCGGCACUAUGUUGCGGACGAGCCCUAGCGUAGAAUAUGAGCAGGACACGACGAUAUUUGUUCCGAGGAUGCAAUUCUAUGCCGUUGAGAUAGCAAGAAAUAGGGCCGGCCUUAACGACUGGAUUUACGAGAAGGCUAAUGGCGCGGCUGCCCCUUACAAUACGCAAAGAGGACAAGAGACGAAACAGGUAGAAGCGAACAAGAGCGCUGGAGCCCGACGUCGCAGGACACCGAAGCUCUACGCAACGCAGCAAGGUCCUUUACCUGUCAUGUCUCGACCGAGUCUAAAAUCUAGGGACGGAUCACUCUAUUGCGAUAGCGAAGACAGAGCGUCCGGUCAUGCGCAAUCUGCAAGAAUCGAGUCACAGCCUUUACAACCCCCGUCUCUAAGACACCUUUUCGUCUUCGCGACGUGGCGUCACUGCGGAAUAUUGGCUGCGGGGCUGGUGGCAUCGUUGCUAGUGGGCGCCAUGAGAGCAGCUUCUGCCAUCCUCAUAGGCAGAAUAUUUGCUGUUGUUGCAGACUUCGGAUCGGGGAAGCUGGACGGCCCAGGCGCCUACGCUCAGGUCUCGUCCUGGUGCGUCAUCCUAAUGUUGGUUGGCGGAGCGGGUGUGAUUGUUAAUUUUGCCUUCAUGUUCAUCUGGUCCAUCUUGAGCGAGGUCCAAGCCAGGAAUACCCGUCGCAAAGUGUUUGACGCCUUACUCACGAAGGACAUGGCUUGGUUCGAUGGCCAGGAAGACGGCAUCCCGAGCUUGCUCGUGAGAAUACAAACACAGACCAGAGAGCUUCAAGUAGCAUCUUCGGCGACACUUGGGUCCAUAGCAGCCGAGAUUGCUACAUCGAUCGCAAAUCUCAUCGUCGCAUUUUACGGCUCGUGGAAACUCACGCUCGUACUCCUCGCCACGAUACCGGCUAUCGUCGUCGUACCCUCUUUACUAAGUGGUAAGCUAAAGCUGGCUAUUCAAAUACAGAAGCGAGAGCUCAGCCGAGCUUCUAAGCACGCGAUAUCCGCCUUGACCGCAAUAGACCUCGUAAAGGCCUUCAACGCCGUCGACCACGAAGUCUGGCAGUAUCUUCAGGUGAUACAAAGGUCCAUGAAUACCUAUCUAACUCUAGCCAGGACGAGUGCGUUACAAGUCGGCUAUAUAAGAUUAUGGUUGGACGGAAUAUUCGUGCUGGGGUUUUACUACGGUGCUGUUUUAGUGAACCAAGGGCUCAACCCAGGAAGCGUCGUGACGACAUUCUACGCGGCUCUAGGCGCGUUACAGGCUAUUUACACCAUCGCACCGACAUACGUUUCCCUAGCGAGGGGUAUGGCCGCCGGCCAGGCGCUCUACUCUAUAACUCACAACAUCGAAGGCGGACGACGAAUCUAUCAAAUGAUAGGUAGCUACCGCCCUAUAAACUGCUCUGGCAAGAUCGAGGUUAACGACGUCAGCUUUGCGUACCCGUCAAAUCCAACUAGGGUUGUUCUAAAUAGAUGCUCUUUCAUCUUCGAUCAGGACCGGCUAUGUUUUAUCGUAGGGCAGAGCGGGUCAGGAAAGAGCACGAUAGGAAAUUUGCUAGCGAAAUUCUACGAACCCCUCAGCGGAAACAUAUUGAUAGACGGCCACGCGCUGAAGACUUUGGAUUCCGAGUGGGUGAGAAGCAACGUCACACUUAUCCAACAGGCGAGCGUCCUUUUCAACGAUACUAUCUAUGCUAAUGUCGCAAUGGGCCACAGAAUACCUACGGAGGUGUCUAGGAAAGGAGUCGAAGCGGCAUGCAAAGCGGCCCUGCUCCAGUCAACUCUGAUCGAGCUACCUGACGGCUUAGAUACGUACGUAGGGACUGGGGGCAUCAACCUGAGCGGCGGUCAGAAGCAGAGGCUAGCCGUAGCGAGGGCAAGAAUACGCGAUCCGCCAGUGCUCAUCCUUGACGAAGUCACGAGCGGGCUCGACCCGACGAAUCGAGGCCUGCUUAUGGAUGGCAUCAGGCAGUGGCGACGAGGAAAAACAACCAUUAUAAUUACCCACGAAGUAGCACAGAUCAACGAUGACGACUACGUAUACGUCAUAGAAGACGCGCGCGUCGUGCAGGCAGGUUUCCGUUGGGAUUUGCAGCGGCAGAGAGACGGCAUAUUUGCUGUAUUGGCGUCUUCGGCUUCGAACGACGAAAUCAAUGGUGAUAAAAAAGAAGUUUGCGCGGACGUCCCAGGAGAUAAGGCAAGAGUUACAGUCUGUGUCACACCGCAAAGAAGCGCCGCAUUGCAGGAUCCUACCUCUCCGGACUACGUUUGGCCUUUCGGGGGGCCAGAUGCCCUCUAUCGGCGAAGCGCUAAGCCGAACGCAGAACCCCCUGAUUUCUUCCGCAGGAGGCUCUCGUCGCUAUGGUGGUCCGAUCAGUAUCGUCUAUUUCGCAGCGAGUCCAACCAAAAGAGGCCUCUGAGUAGAAAUAGCAUAGUACGUCUUCAAGAGCUGGGCGACAAGGUACGAAAAAUCCGCGGCAACCCUGCCGACAAGGACCGGCGGCGGGGACCUAUGAUUACGCCCGCGGAAACUCUCGAGGAUUGUGACGGUGAUAGGUCUGAGAGAUUAUCUUUGUGGGCUAUUUACAAGACGGUAUGGCCAUGUCUGGCUACGAAAGAAAGAAUAUUCCUCAUUGUAGGAUUCUUCACGUGCGUCGUGCUCGCGGGCUUGGUUCCGGCCUUUUCAGUCCUAUUCGCAAACCUCCUGGCGGUCCUAUUUUCAAGCGGAGACAAAAUGGCCGCGGGACAGAAAUGGGCUCUGUGCCUCUUAGCAAUUGCCUGCACAAGAGCAGCAGCGACGUAUUUGAAUCAGUACCUGAUGCAGAGGGCAGGCCAGGCUUGGGUGAACGCCCUACGCAUUCGAGCGCUAAACAGGGUGUUGCGACAGCCCAAAUCGUGGUUUGACGAGCCGGCUAAUUCGGCCGUACGCAUAAAUGAGUGCAUGGAUCGAUACGCGGAGGAGAUGCGAAAUCUUGUCGGGCGUUUCGCUCCGCAGCUGCUACUCGUAACUAUCAUGGUUGUCAGCACUAUGGUAUGGGCACUGCUCAUCUCGUGGCGACUCACACUCGUAAGCCUCGCGAGCGCGCCAGCCUUCGUCGCAGCCACGCAAGGUCACUCCCUCGCGUCUCAAAAGUGGGAAAAUAGAUGUCUCAAAGCCGCAGACGAUAUCAGCGCGAUCUUGACGGAAACUUUUACUAACGUGCGCGUCGUUCGGGCAUUGACGCUAGAGCAGUUCUUCUCGAAUAAGCACGAAAAAUCUAUUCAUAGAGCUUUCGAGCUAGGUGCCGAAAAGUCCGUCUGGACUGCUAUCCCGUACGCCUUCUCACAGUCUAUGGUCUGGUUUAUUUUCGCGCUUACCUUCUGGUACGCGAUAGAACUUCUCACAACCGAUCGAGAGCUUACGAUCCCCGCCAUCCUACAGGUGGUAAACCUGUUAGUUCUAGGCGUCACUACCGCUUUUGGCAUACUAGGCUCUAUAACUGGCGUUUCCGCAGCACAAGAAACAGCUUCCCGACUAAUUCACUACGCAUACUUACCCCUAGACGCCUCCCACGAGUCGAGAGGCAAGAUUCUACUCGUAACCCCUUUUCCCAUCAGGAUGGAGCGUCUGUCUUUCGCCUAUCCCUCGAGUAACCGCACUGUACUUCGAAAUCUUACCCUCCGCUUCGACGCCGGUACAUCUACCGCAGUAGUCGGCCCUUCCGGCUGCGGCAAGAGCACGAUCGCGUCUAUCAUCCUUGGCCUAUACGUACCGGACCGGUCGAGAGGUAGGCGAAGCAGCGGGGACCAGCGGCAGCUGACCUUCGCGUCUACGCCAGCGGCUCAACUUGACUUCGUCGGCCUACGGACUCAUAUCGGUUACGUCCCCCAGAUACCGCUCCUCUUCCCCGGCACGCUCGCGGAAAAUAUCGCUUACGGCCUAGCGGAAGACUCCCCGCUGCGCACGCCGGAGAAUAUUCAGAGGGCAGCCAAGGAGGCAGGCAUCCACAACUUCAUCCGCACUUCGACAGCCGGCUACGAUACGAUGGUCGGAGACGGCGGACAGUCGCUCAGCGGCGGACAGGCGCAGCGGGUUUGCAUAGCCAGGGCCUUAGCGCGGCGACCUAAGCUAUUAGUGCUCGACGAGCCCACGAGCGCGUUAGAUACGGUUAGCGCAAGGGACGUGCGACAUACGAUAGAGUCUCUCAUGCAGUCUGCAAGAAAAAAGAGCGUCUACAACGGCGAGGGCGUUAGUAAUGGUAGGGGAGACGAGCUGUCAAUUAUUGCUAUUACGCACAGCAAGGAAAUGAUGCGCAUGGCGGAUCGAAUAAUCGUAAUCGACCAAGGUAGCGCAGUAGAGUCUGGCUCUUACGACGAGCUGUUGGCGAAAAAUGGCAAGUUUGCGGAGCUGAUGAGCGGCGGUCUCUGGGCGGGAGACAACAGGGAAGAUCAUUCACAGGGACCGCAUGAAGUAAGGAGCAGCGCGCGGCUGGUUGCAGAUGAUCUUCCACUACGCAGAAUAGGUCGGUCUGAUGACGGCUACUCUGCUGAGACACCUAGAUGGGCUGGUUUGCGAGAUGUGCAGUGGGCAGACAAUCGAGGUCCAUCUACCGGCGUCUUGAGCCCUCUCACAAGUCCAUUCGGCGCGUCUCGAAGAAAGGAGCGCAGGGACGAUGGCGAUUAA